UCAACUGGAACUUGUUUUCUACCAAACAAAGUACAUUUCUAUGAGGUGUACUGUGAUGUGGAACCUAAGCGUCUUGCCUUACAGAAGGCCAACGAUGAGCUCCAGGCAGCUCAGGACAAACUCUCCAUCAUCAAGGCCAAAAUUCAGGAACUUGAUGCCAAUUUGGCCGAGCUGACCGCCAAGUUUGAGAAGGCUACAGGAGACAAGCUGAAAUGCCAACAGGAGGCAGAGGCAACCACGCUGACAAUCACCCUGGCGAACCGUCUGGUGGGUGGCUUAGCCUCAGAGAAUGUACGUUGGGGUGAGGCAGUAGCUGCAUUCAAAGAAGCUGAAAAGACCCUGCCUGGUGAUGUGUUAUUGAUCACUGCCUUUGUGUCGUACAUGGGAUGCUUCACCAAGAGCUUCCGUCUAGAGCUAAUGGACAACAUGUGGCUGCCUUUCAUCAAAUCACAGAAGACCCCAAUCCCUACCACCGAGGGCCUAGAUCCCCUCAGCCUUCUGACAGAUGACGCCUCCAUCGCCAGCUGGAACAACGAGAACCUGCCCAGUGAUUGCAUGUCCACCGAGAACGCCACCAUCCUGUCCAGCUGUGAACGCUGGCCGCUCAUGAUUGAUCCUCAGCUCCAAGGCGUCAAGUGGAUCAAGACCAAAUAUGGAGAAGACCUGCGCGUGGUUCGACUGGGCCAGCGUGGGUACUUGGACGUUAUUGAGCGGGCUAUUUCCAACGGUGACACAGUUCUGAUUGAGAAUAUGGAGGAAUCGGUGGAUCCAGUUCUAGACCCUGUACUUGGACGUAACACCAUCAAAAAAGGACGAUACAUCAAGAUUGGUGAGAAGGAAGUGGAGUACAAUCCGCUCUUCCGUUUGAUCCUUCACACCAAGCUGGCUAAUCCUCACUACAAACCUGAGAUGCAGGCUCAGACCACGCUCAUCAACUUCACUGUCACCCGCGACGGUCUGGAAGACCAGCUACUGGCUAACGUGGUGGCCCAGGAAAGACCCGACCUGGAAAAACUCAAGUCGGAUCUGACUAAGCAACAGAACGACUUCAAGAUUAUCCUGAAGGAGCUGGAAGACAACCUCCUCUCUCGUCUGUCCUCCGCUGAAGGAAACUUCCUGGGUGACACGGCCUUGGUGGAGAACCUAGAGACCACCAAGCGAACAGCCGCUGAGAUUGAGGUCAAAGUUGAAGAGGCAAAAAUCACGGAGGUCAAGAUCAAUGAGGCUAGGGAGCUGUCCCGACCUGCUGCUGCCAGAGCCUCGCUGCUAUACUUCAUCCUGAAUGACUUGAACAAGAUCAAUCCUAUCUAUCAGUUCUCUCUCAAGGCGUUCAACGUAGUCUUUUCCAAGGCCAUCGAGAAAGCGGAACCAGCCGAAGACGUCAAGGAACGCGUCAUGAACCUGAUUGAUUUCAUCACUUACUCUGUCUUCAUCUACACCACCAGGGGUCUGUUUGAGCAAGACAAGCUCAUCUUCACCACGCAGGUUGCUUUUCAGAUUCUCCUUAUGAAAAAAGAAAUCAACCCAGUUGAGCUGGAGUUCCUACUGCGUUUCCCCUCUCAAGUCAACGUCACCAGUCCUGUGGAUUUCUUGUCCAACCCUGCCUGGGGUGCCAUCAAGUCCCUUGCGGCCAUGGAGGAGUUCCGCAAUCUGGACCGUGACAUCGAAGGCUCGGCCAAACGCUGGAAGAAGUUUGUGGAGAGCGAGUGCCCUGAGAAGGAGAAGUUCCCCCAGGAAUGGAAGAACAAAUCUUCCCUGCAGAAACUCUGCAUGAUGCGUGCCUUACGCUCAGACAGAAUGUCCUAUGCAGUCAGGAACUUCAUCGAGGAGAAGUUGGGCACCAAGUACGUGGAGAACCGUUCCAUAGACUUUUCCAAAUCCUUUGAGGAGACAGGACCAGCUACCCCAGUCUUCUUCAUCCUGUCGCCGGGCGUGGACCCCCUGAAGGACGUAGAGGCCCUGGGCAAGAAGAUUGGCUGGACGUUUGACAACAAGAACUUCCAUAAUGUGUCCUUGGGCCAAGGCCAGGAGAUUGUAGCUGAACAGUGUAUGGAUCUGGCUGCCAAGGAGGGACAUUGGGUCAUCCUACAGAACAUCCACUUGGUAGCCAAGUGGCUGAGCACCCUUGAGAAGAAACUGGAAUCAACCGGCGAGGGAAGUCAUCCUGACUAUCGUGUCUUCAUGAGCGCUGAACCUGCUGGCACACCAGAUAACCACAUCAUACCACAGGGUGUCCUUCAAGCCUCCAUCAAGAUCACCAACGAGCCCCCUACCGGCAUGUUUGCCAACCUCCACAAGGCCUUAUAUAACUUUGACCAGGACACGUUGGAGAUGUGCGCCCGGGAGGCUGAAUUCAAGGCUAUCCUCUUCUCUCUGUGCUACUUCCACGCCGUGGUGGCCGAACGUCGUAAGUUUGGUCCCCAAGGCUGGAACCGAGUCUACCCAUUCAACACCGGGGACUUGACUAUCUCUGUCAAUGUGUUGUACAACUACUUGGAGGCAAAUUCUAAGGUACCAUGGGAGGAUCUGCGGUAUUUGUUUGGUGAGAUCAUGUACGGUGGUCACAUCACUGAUGACUGGGAUCGACGUCUGUGUAGGACAUACCUGGAGGAAUACAUGCAGCCUGAUAUGCUUGAUGGUGAGGUAUACCUUGCGCCAGGCUUCCCCAUCCCUCCCAACUCGGAUUAUGUCGGCUACCAUCAGUACAUUGAUGAGAUCCUACCCCCAGAGAGCCCCUACUUGUACGGCUUACACCCCAACGCCGAGAUUGGCUUCCUGACUACCACCUCCGACAAUCUCUUCAAGGUGGUACUGGAAAUGCAGCCGCGAGACAGUGGGGCCGGGGCAGGGGCUGGCUCCAGCAGAGAGGAGAAGAUCAAGGCCUUACUGGAUGAGAUUGUGGAGAAAUUACCGGAUGAAUUCAACAUGCUGGAAAUCAUGGGGAAAGUGGAGGAGCGGACGCCGUACAUCGUGGUGGCCUUCCAGGAAUGUGAACGCAUGAACACGCUGACUUCAGAAAUCAGACGUUCUCUCAAGGAGUUGGACCUUGGACUGAAGGGUGAGCUUACCAUCACAUCAGACAUGGAGGAUUUGAGCAAUGCCCUAUUCCUGGAUCAAGUGCCAGAGUCUUGGAACAAGCGUGCCUACCCCAGCAUGCUUGGCUUGGCAGGCUGGUACGCGGACCUUCUACUCCGCAUCAAGGAACUAGAGAGCUGGACAGCCGACUUUGCCUUACCCACGGUGGUCUGGCUGGGUGGGUUCUUCAACCCUCAGAGCUUCUUGACGGCUAUCAUGCAGUCCAUGGCACGUAAGAAUGAAUGGCCUCUGGACAAGAUGUGCUUGCAGUGUGACGUGACCAAGAAGAACAAGGAGGAUUUCAGCAGCGCUCCUCGUGAAGGGGCGUACGUCCAUGGCCUAUUCAUGGAAGGAGCUCGCUGGGACACCCAGACAGGAAUGAUCGCUGACGCUCGCUUGAAGGAACUGACUCCAUCGAUGCCAGUUACCUUCAUCCGUGGUAUCUCAGUGGACAAGCAAGAAACACGUAACAUUUAUGAGUGUCCGGUCUACAAGACAAAGCAGCGUGGUCCGACGUUUGUCUGGACCUUCAAUCUCAAGUCCAAGGAGAAGGCUGCUAAGUGGACACUGGCUGGAGUGGCUCUACUUCUCCAAGUCUAAAAGGUAACCUUCUGAAGUACAAAGUCUAAGAAUGCUGAAGGCUAUUCCCACACUAAGGCCAUUUUCAUUUAAGUACUUGGAUUACGGAUUUUUCAGGUCCCGCGGUUGGGCGGGUAGCCAAAAUGUUUUCCAAAAUACACCAAACAUGUGGGGGCGCCCUUUACAACGCGCACAUAAUAGUACGCCCUGUAUUCCGACGCAAUCUUCAAUUCUGAAAGUGUUCAACCGAUGUUCCAUUUAAGUGCACAACAAAUUAUCAACAUUUUAUAUAUCAUUCCAAACAAUUGCUUGGAAUCUGUUUUUAAAAUAUUUCAUUGCCAAUGUUUGAAAAGCGCUUGUGUAUCGAUGCAGCUGGUUUCCGUUCAUUCUGCUAAUUCUUAGAACAGUUUUGGUGACGGGAAGCAGUAUACCCACUGCGCGUCACAAAUGCAGAUGAACAUGCAAGAACAUACGAUCAAUCAACAAGCUUAUAGUAAAUCGGUACAUAAUGUACGAUUAUUCCUUUCUCAAUUUUUGGUCUGACGCCACGAUUGCUUGGUUAAAAGUAAAUCAAAAGAUUGUGUUUGCUACUCAAAAGGUGUGAUAUUUCUUUUUUCCAUUAUUAGUUUUUUUAAAUCAAAUUUUUGUGACGGUGACUCUGUAAUCCAUGUUAUUAAAAAAAAAUGGCCUUACUAUCUCUUGUUCUUUAACAGUUAGUUUUAAGCGUCAAGCAUUCUGCAACCUCUUUUUCCGCAUGUUGCAGCCACCUUGGUCUAGAUCCCAGACCUACAUGGAGAUUGCUGUGAAGCUAUCACAACACCAUAUAGGCACCAGGCUAAUCUCUGGCUGAUAGAAAAUCAAAUACCAAGGUUUAAAGAGAGGGUUUAGUGUAACAGUUGUUUUACAGCAUUAUUUACAGUUUUAAAUUUGGGGGUUAAAAAGGGGACCAUUUCAACUUAAGUUUAAAUCAUUCAAAUUUCAGUGCAUUCCAAUUCUAAAUGUUAGCCCAAAAGGUUGCGUGUUGCAUUUUUUUUGAAAGAAACCAAAUGUACAUAGAAUCAGUUGAUGUAAAUAUUUCAAACAUCUGAUAUUCAUAACAUAUUGUGUAUUUUUGCAGUUCUAGUCAAAGGUUUGUUUCAGUUCUUCCAUAGAUGUCAUAACAUACAAACGAUUCUCAUGAGGAGUUUUUAAAAAUCUGAAGGCCCAUUUGCCAUCAUGUGUUAUUCAUGUUUAAUAUGGCUUUGGAAAUUUUAGCUGUUCCUAAUUUCAUAGCAUUCACUACUAAUAUUUGAGGCCAGUUUUGGGAUUUUUGUUUGCCAUAAUUGAUUGCAAUUGUCAUUCACCAGUUUCCUUCUCAUAACUUAUUUACAGAAAAAUAAUUAAUAAGAUGGAAUUAUUUCUGUUCAAUAGUGGGUUUUGCCCUUGACCAACUCAAUAUUACGUCAGUAUUUGUUAUGCCCUCGCAGACAAAAAAUACUAGAGAAAGUACAAGGAGUUUGCUAAUUAAACAUCCUGGCGACGCCCACGUUCACGGUGGGCGAAGUUUAAGUGCUACAUAUAAAUAUGCAAAGUAUUUGUAAGCAUUGACUGUAUUACUCAAUGCCUCAGUGCCGUCCAUUUAGUUACCAUUUAUUGCUUUGAUUUUUAUUACCUUCAACCGACUGAUGCUUUGAAUUGAUACAUUACAGACCACCUGCACUUUUUAAUAUUGCCACUCAAAUACAAGUAUUUAUAUCUUCAAAUUUUAUAUGCCACUGCAGUCCGUCCACAAUUUUAAAAUAAGAAUAAUUAUAUUUGUGUCUGUUAUUGAAAUUUGUUUUGGAUUUGAAUGAAGCAGAAGCUGUGCUGGUUGUUCAAUAUGAUGUAUUAAAGUCUCUCUAUGUGUAGUAUUUGCAGUGAUAGAUUUGAAUUCACAGAAGAGUGAUGCAAGUUUUGAAGUAUUCUGCCACCAUUGUGAACAGGACCAAAAUUAUAAUAUAAGGUUAAAGGGUCCAUACGAGGAAUUGUUCUUAGGAACACAUAUUGUGCAACUUUCUACUUCUCUUAAAUGUAUGAACACCUACUGGACAGCCCUUUUUGGGUUAGUCUGAUUGAAAGUGCACUUCUUUAAACCUUUAAAAUUGUCCUUGUUUUUCCCGACUAUUGAGGGCGCUGCUGCUGUGAUGUCAUUGUAGGAAGACACUGUUCAGUUUGGGGGUUUCAGUUCUGUUCAAAUUGUGAACCCACAAUUUGCUCAUUGAAAACAUUUGUGAGAAGGAGUUGCUCAUUGGCUUACUCCCAUGUUCUUACCAGUGUUGGAGUACUUGUACUCGUACUCGAGUACACCCAAGUGCUCAGCCCGUACUCGACUAUCAGUUCUCGAAAAUUAUUUGGACUUGACCUGCACUCAAUUCUUUGUACUCAAAUUUUGCACAGACUCGAUGGUUUGGUACUUGACUCCAGUACUCAGGAGGACAAAUCGAGUACAUUUCCUUUUAAUCGAUUCUAUAGCUCGUCCUGGAAUGCAACGCGAGUGCAGUUGCAGUCUGUAUUACGGCCAUAGAUUAAAAAAAAAAAAACCCAUAAAAGACUAGAUCGGCAGCGCGUGCAUAUGCCCUCUUCACUGUGCGAUAAAUGUGUGCCAUUUUUGUGGUCUCUCGUGGACAUGCAAAAAUUAACAUAAAGUCAUACAGCUAAAUGUAUCUGUCGCCAAGCACGUGACCUAGCUUAACUCAUGCGAAGCUAGAAAUGCACACCGAGUUUGUACGCGUUGCGCCCACACGUGCCGCUAUCCGUUCGGUUACGAUAAUUAUGUUUUCUGCAAACUUAUAAACCUGUAAACCUUUACACUGUGCAGGCCAUUUACUCAAAUGGUUUUCAGUAAAAGCAUUCGCUUAAUUUUUAAAAAUUGGUAGUAAAUGCAAAUGCAACUUUUUAUUCAUACGAACUAUGGUAUUACUUUGUACUUUAUAAAUUUUUAAUAUUAAUCUUUCGCAAUUAACAUUAAUAAAUGCAUUAAGUUUUGACAAGUAAAUAUUUAAAAUCUGAAGCAAUUACUCCUUUUUUAUAGUAAAGUAAAUGAUUAUUAAAUUAUUUAUUGAUUUCUGGUAAUGAAAUUAAGGAUUCCUUAAAAGUGCAUGCCCUAGGCACUGUAGCUCGCUAGCCUGAAGAAACUUGUAGAGAGAAGACAAUGAGCAGAAAUUACAGUUUUAGAGGUGGGAGGAAAACCCCAGAAGAAUAUUCUGGGGAAAACCCACGGAAUCAGGUAGGGACUGAAAACCCAAUCCACAUGUAGACCAUGGGUGCCGAUACACAGCGCAUUGUGCGCGUAAACGGCAUUGCGUUCGUCACGUUGGCGCGCGUUUUUUGUAUGUGUCCUCCAGCACGUGACCCUCCAGGUAAGGUCACACGUAUGCACGCGCUGCCGAUCUAGUCUUUUUAUUUUAUAUCUUUGACUACGGCCUGGUCUAGUUCAAGUCAUA